AUACACAAAAAUAGGUGUAUGUUAACCAACUACAGAUACAGUGAGGCGCUUAUCAACACUAUGCGUUACUUGAGGUUUUUGUAUUAGAAGCUUUUCUAAUUUAUCAUUUUGUUCCUAAUUUAUCUGAAAACACAGGCUUCGAGAUUCAGAUAGUUCGUUUUCACUUGUUUAAUAGUAUCUGUUUUACUAUGAUUAUUCGACCUUGUCGAUAGAUAUCUUCAGAUUACUUUUUUCGCUAUUGUUGAAUCGAUAAUGAUUAAAACCAGUAUUUGUUUGUUGAUAACUGCUGUCUUUAUAGAUAUUGUGUCUGAAACGUUCAUGGUUCGUUGGUUGUUCUCUUGUAGAGACCCGUUGGACUUCGGUGAAUUCAUCGCAAUCAGGAAUUAAAACCAACCAAAUUAAGUUGACCAAAUUUCCAUUUUUUGAAGUUUUAGCGAUCAAAAUUUAUACAUAACGUGAUUUUCGUACAAUGUUUAGAUGUCAACUAUAUGGUCACUGCCAUUAUGAGCCAUUGAUGUGAAUGAGAUUCAUCUUGGUGUUUUGUAUGUAUAUUAGUCUUAUUUCAGAAACUAUGUAAGAAUUCUAGUGAUCACCACAACAGAAUAAUGUGUCGUGGUUUUCACUUUUUAAUUAUCGCUACUGUAAAGCUGACAUGAAAGUGAGAGAAAAUAGUUGGGGAAACCUUUUCGUUCAUGUAUUUAUCAUUACUUUCCAAGAAUUCCGUUUCCAGACCUAUAAUCUGUACUGCCCAAUUAAUUCUUAUCUCCAAAGACUUUCAUUCUCUUCAUGACUGCCAAACAAACGAUCCUGUUAAAGGUUUAUUUAAAGAUUAGAUUAAUCACUAAGAAGUCGGAUGACAAAAGCGUUACCUUCGAAAAGUGUCUAUGACCAAGUACAACAGGUUUGGCUCGCAGAAUUUUGAUAGAUUGACUCCAGAGGUAAUUAAAAAUGGAGGUCUAAUUUUGUUAGCUAAGCCGACUGAGAUACUGACCUGAGUCCUAGGAGUUGGACGUAGUCUCAUCUAACUGACCUCGAUCUCUGACGUGGUUUAAGUCAGUGACUGUCUCAAACUUUCAAAAUAUUUGAAAUCUUUAUCAUGUUAUUAAUUCGGGUUCUCGUAUUCAUAAGAUUCAUUACCUUUAUAGGGAAACUAAAGGUUUCAUGGAACAAACUUCAAUAAAGAGUUUCCUAUGUAUUGUGAUUUUAGGGAGAGCCGUCAUUUCUGAACACGUGGUAGAUGAAACGACCAAUUAGUGAUAAUCACAUAGUUUUCGACAAUAACCUAAUUGUUGACACAACUGCUCCUACAACCUCGAGAAGCUCGGAAAGCGCCAAGGAUUGCAGAAAACGAAAAGCCCUUCGCAUCCAAUAUCUAGCUGAAAGUGUACGAUUGCGUGAGCUUACUGUUAUAAAAAUGAAACGUGAUAUUGACAAAUUACUCGAGUUGUGCCAGUACAUAGAUCAAGGAGAUGUACCAGUGUCACUUUUGGAAAAGUGUGGGAUAUCAGUAUAA